CGUGACUAUCAGGCUGCCGGUUAUGCCGCUGCUCUUUCUGAGUCCAAAGAUGUGAGCCUGUCAAAUCUGCAGUACAACUGGAACCCAGAGUGUGCCUGUCAUCUGUGUCAGAGGAGGUAUCAGUUUUGACCAGGAAUCCAGAAAGCCUCUUGCUAUAAGAACCUGGACAGUAAAAGCACGUGGAACCGGUUGACUUAACCAUUCUUCAAGGCCUGUGAGUUCAUCCCUGUCAGCUGCACAUUUUCCUGCUUCUGUUUCCAAAGAAACCCAACAUGGAUCCUCCCGAGAACAGCCAGAGCGCCAACCUGGACAGCACUCAGUUUGAAAGAGAGACAAAGGAUCUGGAGGGUGCCCAGGUCCCCAGAGUUGAGGCAGAAAUAGAGACCGUUGCCACCACCUCAGAGAAUGGUCUAGAUUCAUCCCAGAGUGCUCAGAGAACUUCCGAAUUCUCUGCUGCCAUAAACUCCCCUGCAGAAGUACCAUCUGUUGGGGCCCCUGGCGGCCCAGUAGGAGAAGCAUUUGGCCCUGACUCCUCUAGACAGGAUAUGCUCAAUAGUAAAGUGAUCGAUUUGAUUCUGUUCUUGCUCCUUAAGUACAGGAGAAAGCAGCAGACAUGUAAGGCAGAGAUUCUGUAUAUGGUCAUCCGAGGUUAUGAGGAGCACUUCCCUGUGAUCUUUGCUAAGGCAUCUGACUGCUUGAGGCUGACAUUUGGCCUUGAGAUAGUAGAAAGAAACCCCCGUGUCCACUCCUACUCUCUUGUCCAUGCCCUUGGGCUCACCUACGAUGGGAUGCAACAUGGUUUCCCAGGCGUACCCAAGACAGGCUUACUAAUCAUCGUGCUAUGCAUCAUCUUCAUAGAGGACAAUUGUGCCAGUGAGCAGGUGCUGUGGCGUAUACUGAACAACGUAGGGCUGUAUGCAGGGAGAGAUCAUUUCGUGUAUGGGGACCCUGGGGUCCUCAUUACUGAGCAUUUUGUGCAGGAGGGGUAUCUAGAAUGCAGACAGGUGGCAGACAGUGAUCCUCCUACCAAAGAAUAUCUGUGGGGCCCGAGAGCACAUGCUGAAACCACCAAAAUGAAACUAUUGAAGUUCUUUGCCAGCAUCGUUAAACAGGAUCCCAAAUCCUACCCCACUAGGUAUGCAGAGGCUUUGAAAGAUGAAAUAGAGAGGGCCUAGGCCAGGUUCACCCAGCAGAUGGUACUAUGCUCUGACUAGCACACAUUCUAGUACACUGGCCGUUCCCAUCCAACAUCAGGUCAGGCAGCGUCUUCGUACUGUACCCUCAUUUGAGAGCAGGAAAGAGGGGACUGUGAACCAUUCCAUUCUUCCUGUACUGUGACUCGGGGUUUCUUGUUACAACUUGUUGCUACUUUUACUGCAAGGCUCAUUAAGUGGACAGUUUUAAGUUCAUAAAUGUCACCAAUAAUGCA